AUGUCCACACAGUUAACAGAACUUGCCCUUGUUCAAGUUUUAGAACAAGCAUCGAAUCCACAGUAUGCUGGGUCUGAAGUGCAAAGGCAGGCAGAACAACAGAUUAAAUCUUGGGAGAUAUUGCCAGGUUUCCAUUACUUGUUACAAUCGAUUUAUAUGGAUCUGUCAGUAUCCUUGCAAGUAAGAUGGUUGGCCAUUAUUCAGUUCAAAAACGGAUUAGACAAGUAUUGGAGAUCAACAAGAAUAAAUGCUAUUACUAAGGAUGAGAAACAGCAAAUCCGUAAUAGAUUAUUCGGUAUGAUAGAUGAACCAAAUGAUAAAUUAGCCAUACAAAAUGCACAGGCUACUGCUAGAGUAGCGCGAAUCGAUUUCCCUGUCGAAUGGCCGCAUCUAUUUGAACAGGUAGAGUUACUUCUAAAUGACGAAUCUGUAUGGAAGGAUGAUGUUAAAGUCUACAACAUUUUGAUUCACUUAAACCAAAUAAUAAAGACACUAGGUGUUGCCAGAAUUGGGAGAUGUCGACCUGCUAUGCAAUCAAAAAUACCAUUACUUUUUCCACUUUUAACCAGGAUCUAUAUGCAUUACUUCAACAAGUGGACAAAUUCUGCCUCUCUAGAGAGUGAUGAUAUAUCUAAGUUGCAAAUAUCGUAUCUGGCCCUAAAGGUCUUAAGAAGAGUUGCAGUUGAUGGAUAUGAAUCCCCACAAAAAGACAAGUCUGUGGUCGAAUUCAUUUCCCUGUCUGAACAGCAUUUCCAAUUAUUAUUGAAGAAUUAUGACAAUUUUAAGACAGUUGAUAUGUAUGAAAAGUUUAUCAAAUGUUACUGCAAAUUGUAUUUCAAUCUUAUUUCUGCAUCUACGGCAAACUUUGUAAUGAUGCCAUCAUCAAAGACUAUUCUCAUAACAUUCACUACUUUGAUAAUCGAAAGAGCAUCUGAUGUUUAUAAUGAAAACACAGAGUCCCAAACAGGAUUCUGGGAAACGAUUGCAAUCAGAGGGUUUUCAAUAUUGAAGAAAGUUAUUAAUUUUAUCACCAAAAAGGGUGCUGUAACCAUCAAAGUUAGAAGUGAUAAAUCUGAAGUGGAUGCUGCUAUUCAUAAAUUAACCACCGAAUUCCUCUCCGAAGAUCUUGUAAAGAAAUUAAUAGACUUAUUGAUUGAUUGGUAUUUGAGAUUACGGCCAGCAGACUUGGAAGCAUGGUCUCUGGAUCCUGAGGAAUGGGUAAAUGAACAAAUGAGUUCUAGUUACGAAUAUCAAAUCAGGCCUUGUGCUGAAAAUUUUUUCCAAGACCUAAUCGACUCCUUUCAGAAUCUUUUAACACCUUAUCUUUUAAAUAAGAUUGACUCAGAGGCCGCUCAAUUAUCUGACUCGAUCGAUGAUUUUUUGAAGAAGGAUGCCUUGUUUUGUGCUUUUCAACUCAGCUCGCAUGCAAUCACUGAUAUGGUGGAUUUCAACAGGCUUUUGGAAACGGUUUUCUUGCCAGAAGCAUCAAAAUCCAAUUCUUCGCCCGAUCAACUGAGAAUUAUCAGAAGGAGAGUUGCUUUGAUUAUUGAUGCCUGGGUCACUAAAUCUUCGGAUCAUUCUAAGCAACAGUGUUACCAAUUUUUCUUACAUAUGUUCAAAACAGAAUCGGACAAAGUCGUACAAUUAUCAAUUGUACAAGCGUUUAGAACAAUGAUUGAUGACUGGGAUUUCAAUAAAUCCAUAUUCGAGCCAUAUUUGGAAAGCUUCGUUGUAAUCUUUUUACAGCAGCUUUUACCUGAUGUUUCCUUAACAGAGACUAGAUUAUACGUAUUAAACACACUUACAGAUUUGAUUAUCCAAACAAAACCGCUUGUGAAUAAACAGUUCCUAAUGCAGAUACUUGAGAUUGUCCCUGAGUUUUGGCAGCUUGCUUGUAAUGAACCAACUGAAUCAAUACUCGCAAAUGUUCUACUUCGCUUGCUGAGGUAUUUAUCGAUUUCUUUAGGGAAAUAUUCUUACGCAACCUGGGACAUUUCAUUAACCAUAAUCGAGGCUGCCUGCAACCCAAACUCACCACAUACUUCACUACUUCUAGAGGAUGGUUUAGAACUAUGGCACUCACUUCUACAGAAUUACGAUCCUACGGAGAAAUCACUUGAUGGGAGAUUUUUGAACGCUAGCCCAUUCCUACUUCAUUGCGUGGAGAACCAGACAGAAUUGUUGCCUAUUUCUUUGGAGAUCUUAAAAAGUUACGCCAUUUUGUUGCCCGCGCAGGAAUUUUAUUCCUAUCCUGCUUUUACUGAAAUCUUAAAACAUGCUGCAAGCUACUUGUUACUUUUACGUGACGACUCGUAUACCAUACUUUUGGAAAUAUGGGAUGUUUUGGCACUUUCAGAUGAAGGAGAAAAUGAGAUGUCAUUACUAUUCUACUUUUCAAACAAUUCCGUUUUCAAGAGUAUUUUCAAUGCAAUUUUCUUACAAGAGCAAUUAUCUGCAUAUCAAGCGAGUCAAUUGUUCCAGAUAUUGGCACGUAUAUCAUUCAAUGGCCCACAGAAUAUCAUAAAUUUAUUGUCUGAUUAUUUAAAAAGUAUUGACGGACCUCUGGAAAAUUCUAGACUCCCUGCAAGUCAGCGUAAGUUAGUGACAAAUGAGACUUCUUUAGAUGACGUGCUCAAAACGUUUUUCGAAAUAUGGUGCAAGUGUUACGGUUCUGUUUAUGAUCCAAAACUGAAAAAAAUUCACUUACUUGGCAUCUCCUCACUUUUGAAAACUGGUGCGACCCCUUAUUUGCUUGAGUUUAAAGUGAUUCUCUCGAUAUGGGUUGAAUCGUUAGAAGAAAUCAACGAAAGUUUUUCAGGCGACUGUGAAAAGUACCACUUAUCAGACCCAGAUUCUUCUUCUGAUACAAAUUGUGAACAAGCUAGACUUCACGAAUUAAUCAAAAAAAAUGAUCCAGCUCAUAAUGUUAGUAUUAAAGGAUUUAUUUCAGAUACGUUGUCUUAUUUGAAAAGUCAAAUGGAUGAUACUUCGUUCCAGAAACUCAUUUUGUCUGCGGAUCCUGUGCUUAUGGAAAACCUGCAGCUGUUCAUGUCGAUUAAACCUCAUCAAUAA